UAUAGAAUUUUCAUUCAGUGUAACUUAGCAGCUUCAACUAGAAUGGUCAGCGCGUUUACCUGCCUUUAUUUGCUGUCAAUCAUUUGCGCUUGUGUCAAGCUCAAUGAAGCUGAAACGAAGGUUUUCUAUGAAUUUCACAUACGCGAAGCGCACAGCGAACGCAAUGAAACAAUUGCGCUCAGGACUAAUCGCACCGAUGAUGAACCUGAGCUCAUUAUCACAGGCAGUCGCUCCUCGGCGCGCAUAUUGCCUGGCCGAGAUGAGAACUCCACCAACAAUGUGUAUAAAGAGCAUGUUGUCUAUACGGGCGAUAAUAAUGGCUAUCAUGCCAAAUAUAAUAUUAGCAUAGAGCCAUUGGAUAUAGGCACACGUUUGAAUGGCAAGACUUUAAUGAGUUCUGUGGGUUGAGGCCGCACAUUAACAUUAACAUGUCGUAUACUUUAUAUAGCAGUUAGUUUGAAUCAUUGCUGCAAAAACUGCAAGUCAUAGCAAAUAGCAAAACAUAACAUAAUAAUACUAACAAUUUGGCAAAAGUUGCAGAUUAUUGCAUAAG